CUUCAUCACUCAAUCGCUACAGUGCCCGUAGCUAUAAUCCCCAGUUCAUUGUUUCUCAUCGAACGUCGCAUUGUCCAUGGAUCCUCAGCCGAGGCAACCGUUACCACAGCCCGUUUCUGCUGAUGAGAAGCUGGCGGCGUUCGACAGCGUUCCGCUCUUCAUGAAGACGCUACCGGAGGAUGUCGCUGAUAAUCCGAUUGUUGGUGCGUUGCAAAGUCUUGCUUACGAAGGCACCCCGGACGAUGUCGCACAGAACUUCAAGGAGCAAGGAAACGAUUAUUUCAAGGGCAAACGGUACCGAGAGGCUGUAGGAUUCUACACCCAAGGGAUUGACGCAAAGCCAACCGACGUUUUACUUCUUGAGGCGUUGCUAUGCAAUCGAGCUGCAUGCAAUCUAGAGCUCAAGAACUUUGGCUCCGUGCUGAAAGAUUGCUCAAGGGCAAUUUUGACAAACCCUAAAUCAUCAAAGGCCCAUUACCGCUCCGCACUUGCUCUCAUACAACUGGAGCGCUACGAUGAAGCGAUUGACUGUUGCGACCGUUGUCUUUGCUUUGACAAGGAUAAUAAAGACGUUCGUACACUACGUGAGAGAGCAAGGCAAGAAAAGAUGAUCAAAGAUAAGAAGGAGAGAGAAAGGCAGAAUAGAUUACGCCGAGAGGUGGAGAACAAGAAGCGGCUCGAGGAAGCCUUCAAGGAGCGAAAUUUGGUCGUCAUCCCACGGCCGGACGGCUCGUCUGAGAAUCCCUAUGCGCCUACCUUCGAUCCUGAAGACACGACGGGCAGCACCCUAAUCGUGCCCGUCUUCUUCUUGUAUCCUCAGUAUGCGACCUCGGACGUCAUCUCUCAAUUCGUAGAGGACACCGCUUUCUCAUCACACCUGGCCGCCAUGUUCCCACCAGAAGCCCCACCUCCAGAGUGGGACAAUAAUCAUGACUACGUCGCAGAUCGCUUGGUCGUCUAUGCCACGACGCACCACGAACGCCUUCUCAAAGUAGGCAAGAAGAUGACGUUGAAGGGCGUUUUCAAUGCAGCCCGUGCUAAGGAGGGGGAACCCGUGGAUGGCCUGGAACUGAAGGAUGGUUGUUUGACGUUUGUCGUGUUGCCUAAAGGAGAUGUAGAACAAAAAUGGGUGGAAGAGUUCAAGCGCAACGACCGAUGGGCUGAAAAGUGUGUCGUGAGCAUCAUCGACGAUGGCGACGAGAUGCUUUCUGGCACCAGAAUGUCCCUCCAGCACAAGAUUUCCCGUACGGCCAAUGCUCCCACUACCCCUCCAGACGAACUCGAAAUUAGUAUUGCUCAGGCUCUGAUUGAUCUCGAGAAUCAUGUCCCUGAGCUCAAGACGGAGCUAAAGCCGCUGCAGAUAUCUGCCGCACGUGAAGUCGACGUUCGUGGUGGCAAGAAGGCUAUCGUCAUUUUCGUUCCUGUGCCUCAGCUGAAGGCGUUUCACAAGGUUCAGCAAAGGCUGACCCGAGAGCUCGAGAAGAAGUUCUCAGAUCGCCAUGUGGUUUUUGUCGCUCAGCGCAGGAUGUUGCGCAAGCCCACGCGCACCUCGCGAGUGAAGCAGAAGAGGCCUCGUAGCCGUACCCUGACGAAUGUCCACGAGAAAGUCCUCGAGGACCUCGUGUUUCCUGGGGAGAUUAUCGGCAAGCGGACACGGGUUGCGAUCGAAGGCUCAAAAACCCUUAAAGUCUUCCUCGACUCCAAGGAUUCUACAUCGCUCGAGUACAAGCUGGACUCAUUCUCGUCGGUGUAUCGCCGUCUAACCGGGAAGGAGGUUACGUUUGAGUUCCCGCCUCAGACGCAGGAGUAGGGUGUGUCAGGUGGACGUUCGGGUCUUUAUGCUUUAUUGCCAUCGCCCCAAAAUGUACUGCAUGCCCUGCUGUUAUGAGCACACUGUCGUCGAUUUCUCUUCGGA